AUGGCGCGUCUAGGCAAUGAACCCCCUGUUGGGGAGCCUGAUGCCGGGCCAGCCGAGGAUCUAUCCGGCGAUGACGACCUCCUCAACCACAUCCUCGUGAACACAAUCGCGGAGAGGAGCGCAAAAGGCAUCGGCUUGCAUCCGCAAACUGUUGGCUAUGUUGGACCUGUUAUUGUGUAUGAACAGGUUCUCGACAUCCUACAACGGCACGUCAUUGACAAGGGAGACAAGGGAGACGUUGUUGCGGCAUCCAACGAGUUUUUAGCAUGGGGACCGAUCAAAGAUCAUCUCGAGACGCGGACGACCAACGUCCGCAAAGGCCGGUUCAUCAAGUGGGCGUUCCCAAAGAAGAGUGCUGACCCCAGGCAUCUCCGUCGCUACUUGAUGAUCUACAGCCCAACAUCGCGCGUCGAGAUCUGGAAGACGGAUCGCUACAAAGAUGUCACGCUGCACGACGAAUUGGGCGUCUACGCGACGAGAAACCUCGAGGAAGGCGUCAUGCUCGACGAGCUGCAGGGCUCCGUCGUCAAGUUUCCCAAGUCCUGGGAGGCCGACCUGGAGCGUGGCCGCUUCCGGGACGGGAGGUCUGAUGAUGAUGUGCCAGAGGAAGAGGAGCAGGCGAGCGAUGCCGGCGAGGACGAGGACAGUGCGCGCAAGCGUACCCGCAAAGUGUCUGCUCCACAGCGCCGCAGCGAGCGGACAGGUCGUCGCGACUUCUCUGUGUUGCGCUCAGCACUCAAGAACUGCUUACAGCUCUUUCUGGGACCAGCCCGGUUUUUAAAUCAUGACUGUGAGAACAACGUUGAGCUGUACCGCAAGGACGGUUACGUGACAUUCAAGGUCCUGCGUCCCAUUAGGAUUGGACAAGAAUUGACGACCUGGUACGGCCCCGAUUAUUUCGGCCGUGGCAACAGAGAAUGCAUGUGCCUGACGUGUGAACUGGCUGGAAACGGAUAUUACAAGGAAAACCCUUCUAAGAGGACACUGGCCGAGGAGGCAAAGCGUACCGCAUCCGAGGUUGUUGUGUCGCGGCGGCCUGCGGACUCGGACGACGAAGGAGAUGACACUCCGAUUUCGACACCUCGCAAGACCCGCAAGGCAACAGCGUCGACCGCCGAGUCGUUGGCCGCUUCGGACGACGAGGAGAACGAGGAGCCGACGCGUCGAUUUCAGCCAAAGCGCCGUGCGGCCCUGAAAGCCAAGAAGAUCGACUGGUCUUUCAACAUCCACUGCCGACGCCGGCACCAGCGCUUUGAACAGGAGAAUACAGACUCACUGGCCGACGAGUCCGACUCUGAUACUCCAGGAGAUUCGGCCGACGCCGGUCGCUGUCUCACGUGUGCUGUGAAGACCAAGUCAUUGUGGGUGCACCAGCGGGAGUUCCUUCUCUGUCAGCGCUGCAGUCGACACGCCAUGAUCUUCCUCUUGCCGUGGCCGGCGCAUCGUAAAGGCGAUGUCCGCGAACAUCCUCCCCGACACCUUCUCCCCCGCAACUACUACCCGCCACAGAAGAUUUCGCUGGUCGAGCUGCCCACCUAUUCCCCCAAACCCCGUGUUCCUCAACGCGUGGAUCAGGUUGCUGCUGCUGCUGCUGCCAACGCCAAAGCUCAGGCUUUACUCCGCGCAGCUGUGAGCGACGUACCAGACACUAAAGAGCACCGGCGGGCACGUGACAGGGCCACCGAGACCGAGCGCAACGAGUUCGCCUUUGAUAUUGCAGCUCGCAGCGCGUGGGACAAGGAGGAGGCCAGGCGCGAAGCUCAAAUAUCCAUGACCAAAGCCCGCGAGCGCGCCAAGGCUCAGCGUGCCGAGACGAAGCGUAAGCUGGACGAGGGCAAGCAGAAGGGCGUCGGUUUGUGGAGCCGGUACACCACUGAGACGCACGAGCAGCGCGAAGAACGCGAGAGGAAGAAGUACCAGUUCGUUUCUGGUACUCGUUCUGGGCGCAAGAUCCGCGAACCCUCCGAGGACGAGGUCGAGCUCGAGCGCUUAACUCGCGAGGCUAUGCUGGUGGAGCGCAACCGCGAGCUCGUGCAGUCGAAGAAGCAACGCGAAUGGAGGGAACGCGAGAAAGCUCGACGCAGGAAGGAGGCGGGACGCUCGACCGACAGCGAGGACAAUUCGGACGACGAAUUGGCCGAGCUGGACGAGCUGGACGACCUCGAGGAGCUGAACGAACUAGGCGCGGCCGGGGCUGAAUUGGGUGAGAAUUCGACAUCUCCAUCCGGCCAGAGUGCCUUGCAGGGCAAGCUUCGGCUGGCGGGUGGCGAGGAGGGCGAGGAUGACGAGGAUGAGGAGAAUGAAGCGUUGGGUCGUGAGGCCGGCACAGCCUUGAAUCCUAUCGACAUGACAGGCGACGAUGACGAGCCGAACCCGUCCUGGAUGUCUAACACGCGCAACGGCGUCAAGAUGGAGACGCUACUGAAACCAUCUCCUCUGCAGACGCGGCAUCGGCGAACUUCUCAUCCUGUUAUCGAUGUGGCUGAUUCGUCCGACUCGGACUCGUUUCUGUUGAACUUCACCACCCCUGUGGAAGGGCCCAGCCGUCCUCCCAACAGGCGAGUGGACCUGACACCACAGCCGACCAGAGCCGACAACCCGAUCGUUAUCAGCGAUGACUCCGACUUUAGCGACCGCGACCUCGGAAAGUCGCCGCAGAAGGCGAUCUCCUUACCUGACAGCAGCGACGAAGUAGCUCCUGUCGUGCGUCCCCAGAUGUUAUCCGCAGAGCAGGGAGAAUAUCCAGGCAUGCGGGCCCGGAGUCGAAGGCCAUUCGACAGAAACGCGAAGCCGACCGAAGCCGAGCCAUCAGCGCCAGAAAGCCGGGCGCAGCCGUCCUCGGAGCUUCCAACGCGAGAAUCUUCAGAUUCGCCACAGCAGUCGGAUGCUCGGCAGGGCCGUGGCUGGCCACAGGCACGGAGCAACAACAUUGCGAUGAAGGCACGAGAGCAACGCCAGCUGAAUGGUGAGAUUGAGCAAGUGCCCAUGACUGGCCCGUCAUCUCGCCGUCCAAUGUCCGAGAUGAGCAUCGACGAGGCUUCUCCUCAGGACGAGGGGAAUUAUUCGGACGACCAUGAUGACCACGAUGCGAACUCGACACUCUCAGUCGAGCGCGACGUCGGGUCGAGUUCGCGUGUGAGACGCGAUGAACCUCUAUCGACGCGGACAUCAGACAAACGGGGCGAGUGUCAAGAUCCGGUCCCUGGGCCUGCGUCAACUGGCAACCCAGCCAAGAGACGCGAGUAUCAGGACCCGCCAUCUAACGACAACCCCAAGCCGAGGAAGAAGCGCCGCAGCUUCUUCCCCGUUCAUGAAGAUCUGAAGCUCCCCCGCGUUCCACCGAACAUGCCCGCCCCAAGGCCGUGGUUCGGUCCGGAGGGGUUUGACUCUUGA